UCAAUCCAGUGCGGUCGUUUUUCGUUCCAUUCGGUUGUCGUGAGCGUAACGAGGUGUUAUUUUUCUUUCGUCGAACCUGUGCUACGAAGCCGGUUAACUGUUCGCUGUAUCGAAAUACAAAAUAUCUUCCGCAGCAUACAACUGAUAAGUCCGCGGCAUCUACGCUACAUCGAAUUCAGUUUUGCACACGUGCAUUCUAUCCAAGGCCAAAAACAUCAAAGAAAAUGACUAGCGAACAGCCUUUGAUACCUCCAGUUAUUUGGGCACAACGUAACGAUGUAGUAUUUGUUACUAUUUGUGUAGAAGAUUGUUUAAAUCCAGGAGUAAAAAUUGAAUCUGAACAGAUAAUAUUCCGUGGUGUUGCUGGUUUGCAAAAAAAAAUUUAUGCUAUAACUAUACCAUUAUAUUCUGAAGUUGUUGUAGAGAAAAGCAAGACUUCAUUUGGUGGUAGAUAUGUUGAAAUUGUUUUGGCAAAACCUGAAGAUAACCGGUCAUACUGGCCACAUUUAACCAAAGAGAAGAAAAAGUACCAUUGGUUAAAAGUUGAUUUUAAAAAGUGGAAAGAUGAAGAUGAUUCUGGAGAUGAUGACUCACAAGAUAUUGAUCCAAGAGUUAGCCAAGAAACUGCAAACCUUGAUCAAAUGCUUAGUAUGAUGGGUGGAGGAUCUAAAGGAGGAAAGGAUGACGAUAAUUAUAGAGACUUAGGAAACAUGGAGGAUGAUGACAGUACCGAAGAUUCCGAUGAUGAAGAAAUGCCUGAGUUAGAUGACAUUGAAAGUGAAAAUGCUGGAAGAGGAAAAGAGAAAAAUGAAGGAAAAGUUCCUGAUCUUGGAGGAGUAAAACCGGCACCUACCGCCUAACUCUACUAUUGUCAUUAUCUCAUACUUCCGAAUUUUUGUUCAUAUAAUAAUACGGUAUAAUUUAAAUGAUUUUGUAUGUGUAAUUUUUACAUCAAUUGAACUAAGCGAACAUAAUUCGUACCUAGUGUGUGCAUUAACAUUUUUCAUUUAGUUAAAACGCCUAUUGUUCA